AUGGAGGCCGGUUCGUACCUGUCUCCAGAUGUUGAUGAGUGCGACCGGUUGCCUUGUCGCAACGGAACCUGCAAGAACACAGUGGGCUCCUUCAACUGUCUGUGCCACACCGGGUUUGAGUUCUCACACCACAACGACUGCAUGGAUAUUGAUGAGUGUCAGACAUCCUUUGGCACGCUGUGCAGGAAAGGCCAGUGUAUCAACAGUGUGGGCUCCUUCCAAUGUCUGUGUGAGGAGGGCUACAAGCUAACCCCUGAUGCCAAGAAUUGUAUGGAUGUGAACGAGUGUAUGAUCUUCCCCGGGACCUGCACUCCUGGAACCUGCCAGAACCUGGACGGCACCUUCCGUUGUCUCUGUCCCCCGGGCUACAUAGUCCAGAACGAGCAUUGUAUAG